AUGGACCAGUACGGACCAGUAAUGACCAGUAACGACCAGUACGACCAGUAUGGACCAGUUGUGGGCGUGGUGCGGGCGGGGCCGGGCUCGGCCCCUCCCCCUCUGGAGGGGGCGUGGCUCCGUCGCCGGCAGCUGUUAGUGGGCGGAGCUCCGCCCCCCGACACAGGCCACGCCCCCUCUGCAGGACUGGCCCGGGAGAUGGGCGUGGCACAGGGGGCGCUGCUGUCCCGGGCGGCCAUCUUGCGGCAGCAGCUGCGCCAGGGGGCGGUGCUCCUGCGCCGGGGGGCGGGGCCUGCCCUGGGGGCGGGGCCAGAGCCGACGGCCCCGCCCCUCCACGAGGGCGUGGCCGAGCUGCUGCCCCAGCUGCGAUUGGUCAGCGACGGCUGCCAGCAGCGAAUCAGGGACUGGCCCCGCCUCCGGGAGCUCGUCAGCCAAUGGUGGGCCCAGCCGGCUCAGUGGGCCCUGGCCACGCCCUCUGGCCACGCCCCCUUCUCCCAUUGGCUGCAGCGCUGGAGAGCCGCCCACGCCCUGCAGGCCACGCCCACCCCCGAGGAGGCCCCGCCCACCGCGGGGCAGGGGGAGGAGCACGGGGAGGAGGCUCCGCCCCUCUGAGGCGCUCCGGAAGCUCUGAUUGGUGGGGAAUAAAAAGGGGUGGGGA